AUGUCUGUGUUUGUCUUAGGCUCAGGAUUGCUGAGUUUUACAUCCAUUUCCUCAAUUCAGCGACCAGACUCAAACCCUUCUUCACCUUCACCUACACACGCUUCUCUUCCUUCCUCUUCAGCUUCUACUACUAUCCAUGAUACUGAUUCCUCUCCAGAAUCCAUUACCGUUAAGAAUGUCAAGUUUACGUAUAGCAGAGCAUCACCUUCAAUCAGAUGGCCCCACUUGAAACUCUCUGAAAUGUUGUACCCUUCUACGCAGACCCAGUUGGAAGAAAAUGAUGUUUUCACCGCAAAGACUCCACCUUCUGAGGCCACAGAUGAAACCCAUAAACCAGAUUGCGUUGUGAAUGAUGAAACCCAGGAAGCAUUGGGUAGGCCAAGCAAGACACGGGUGAAAAAGAUGAACAAAUUGGCACUGAAAAGAGACAAGAAUUGGAGGGAAAGAGUGAAGUAUUUGACGGAUAGGAUUCUGGGGUUGAAAUCAGAGGAGUUUGUGGCUGAUGUGUUGGAUGAACGCAAAGUUCAGAUGACACCAACUGAUUUUUGCUUUGUGGUCAAAUGGGUGGGUCAAAACAACUGGCAUCGUGCGCUUGAGCUCUAUGAAUGCUUGAAUUUGAAGCACUGGUACUCACCAAAUGCAAGGAUGCUUGCCACUAUCUUGGGUGUGUUGGGAAAAGCUAAUCAAGAAGCACUAGCUGUUGAAAUCUUCACAAGGGCUGAGUCAUCCAUAGGGGAUACAGUUCAAGUGUACAACUCCAUGAUGGGUGUUUAUGCACGGAAUGGUCGCUUCAACAAGGUCAAAGAGCUGCUUGAUUUAAUGCGUGAAAGAGGAUGUGAGCCUGACCUGGUGAGUUUCAAUACUUUGAUUAAUGCACGAUUGAAGUCUGGAGCAAUGGUGCCUAAUUUAGGUAUCCAACUUUUAAAUGAAGUGAGGAGGUCAGGUCUUACACCCGAUAUAAUAACUUAUAAUACCCUUAUAAGUGCUUGUUCAAGAGAGUCUAAUUUGGAGGAAGCAAUUGCGAUUUUUCAUGAUAUGGAGGACCACCAUUGUCAACCUGAUUUAUGGACUUACAAUGCUAUGAUUUCGGUAUUCGGUAGAUGUGGGCUUUCUAUGAAAGCCGAGCAUCUGUUUAAAGAAUUGGAGUCUAAAGGGUUUUUCCCUGAUGCAGUAACGUAUAAUUCUUUAUUGAAUGCUUUUUCAAAAGCAGGAAAUACGGAAAAGGUAAGGGAUAUUUGUGAAGAAAUGGUGAAAAUGGGGUUUGGCAAGGAUGAGAUGACAUACAACACUAUCAUACACAUGUAUGGAAAGCAAGGUCGGCAUGACCAGGCAUUGCAGCUUUACAGAGACAUGAAAUCAUCUGGCAGGAAUCCUGAUGCAAUUACAUAUACUGUUUUGAUAGAUUCACUUGGGAAAGCAAGUAAGAUUGAGGAAGUCACAAAUGUGAUGUCAGAAAUGUUGGAUGCAGGAGUUAAGCCCAGUUUGCACACAUAUAGUGCUUUAAUUUGUGCUUAUGUAAAGGUCGGAAAGCGAGCAGAGGCUGAAGAGACAUUCAAUCUCAUGCGUAGAUCAGGGAUCAAAGCUGAUUGUCUAGCAUACUCGGUUAUGUUAGAUUUCUUUCUGAGAUUCAAUGAGAUGAAAAAGGCUAUGAUGUUGUAUAAGGAAAUGAUUCGCAAUGGCUUCACACCUGAUAAUGGUCUAUAUGAGGUCAUGCUAAAUGCACUUGUGAGGGAAAACAUGUGGGAUGUUGUUGAAAGAACUGUCAGAGAUAUGGAAGAACUGAGAGGUAUGAAUCCACAAGUUAUUUCAUCGGUUCUUGUUAAAGGGGGAUGUUAUGAUCUUGCUGCUAAAAUGUUGAAAGUUGCCAUCAGCAAUGGCUAUGAAUUGGAUCAUGAGAAUUUUUUAUCUAUUAUUAGUUCGUAUAGCUCAUCUGCUAGAUAUUCAGAGGCAUGUGAACUUCUUGAAUUCUUGAGAGAACAUGCUCCAGAUGAUAUUCAAAUGAUCACCGAAGCACUCAUCAUUAUACUUUGCAAGGCUAAAAAGUUAGAUGCAGCCUUGGAGGAAUACAGAAGUAAAGGAGGACUUGGUUCAUUUAGAAGUUGUACUAUGUAUGAAUCUCUUAUUCAAGAAUGCAUACAGAAUGAACUCUUUGACGUAGCUUCUCAGAUUUUCUCUGACAUGAGAUUCAAUGGUGUUGAGCCAUCUGAAUGUCUGUACCAGGGCAUGGUGUCUGUCUACUGUAGAAUAUGCUUACCUGAGACAGCCCACCAUUUGUUGUAUCAUGCAGAGAAAAUUGGCAUUAUACUUGACGAUGCAUCUUUUUAUAUUGAUAUAAUUGAAACAUAUGGGAAGUUAAAGAUAUGGCAGAAGGCAGAAAGUUUAGUGGGGAUUUUGAGGCAAAGAUGUUCAAAGGUGGAUAGAAAGGUCUGGAAUGCUUUAAUACAUGCUUAUGCAUUCAGUGGUUGUUAUGAGAGAGCUAGAGCUAUUUUUAAUACAAUGAUGAGAGAUGGUCCUUCCCCAACUGUAGAUUCCAUAAACGGUCUAUUACAAGCUUUAAUUGUUGAUGGGAGACUGAAUGAGCUUUAUGUGGUAAUGCAGGAGUUGCAAGACAUGGGGUUCAAGAUCAGUAAAAGUUCUAUUCUUUUGAUGCUUGAAGCAUUUGCUCAGGCAGGAAACUUAUUUGAAGUGCAGAAAGUUUACCACGGAAUGAAAGCUGCUGGUUAUUUUCCUACCAUGCAUCUUUACAGAAUUAUGAUUGGAUUGCUGUGCAAAUUCAAGAGAGUUAGGGAUGUAGAAUUUAUGUUAUGUGAGAUGGAAGAGGAAGGAUUUAAGCCCGAUCUUCGAAUUUGCAAUUCUAUACUUAAAUUAUAUUCAGGCAUUGAAGAUUUUAAAAAGAUGGGUAUCAUUUACCGUAAGAUUCAAGAUGCCGGUCUUAAACCAGACGAGGAAACUUACAAUACAUUAAUUAUAAUGUACUGCAGAGACCAUAGACCGGAAGAAGGUUUGUCACUGAUGCAUGAAAUGACAAGACUUGAUCUAGAACCUAAGCCAGACACAUACAGAAGCUUGAUUGCAGCAUUUGGUAAGCAACAACUGUAUGAACAGGCUGAGGAACUUUUUGAAGAGCUUAGAUCAAAUGGCUAUAAACUGGACCGCUCCUUUUAUCAUUUAAUGAUGAAAAUGUAUAGAACUUCGGGGGAUCAUCAGAAAGCUGAAAAUCUACUGGCCAUGAUGAAAGAAGCAGGGGUAGAACCCACUCUUGCCACGAUGCAUUUGCUUAUGGUUUCUUAUGGCCAAUCUGGGCUGCCUGAGGAAGCUGAGAAAGUCCUUCAAAACUUGAAAACAACUGGACUGGUUCUGGAUACUCUACCUUAUAGCUCUGUUAUUGAUGCAUAUCUCAGAAAAGGAGAUUAUAAAGCUGGAAUUGAAAAGCUCGCAGAGAUGAAGGAAGCAGCCAUAGAACCAGACCAUCGAAUAUGGACCUGCUUUAUCAGAGCUGCUAGCUUGUGUGAAGGAGCAAGUGAAGCCCUUAAUCUUUUAAAUGCACUCCAAGGUGCUGGAUUUGAUCUUCCAAUCAGGCUUCUAAGAGAAAAAUCUGAGUCACUGGUUUCAGAGGUUGACCAAUGUCUUGAUAGACUAGAAAAUGUGGAAGAUAAUGCAGCCUUUAACUUUGUCAAUGCUUUGGUGGAUCUCUUGUGGGCAUUUGAACUCCGGGCCUCUGCAUCAUGGGUUUUCCAAUUGGCAAUCAAGAGAAACAUUUAUCGUCAUGAUAUAUUUAGAGUUGCUGAGAAGGACUGGGGGGCUGAUUUUAGAAAACUAUCUGCGGGUUCAGCUCUUGUUGGUCUUACUUUAUGGCUUGACCACAUGCAGGAUGCAUCCCUGGAGGGACAUCCAGAGUCACCAAAAUCAGUUGUACUUAUAACAGGAACAGCAGAAUACAACAUGGUAUCACUUGAUAGCACAUUGAAGGCAUGCCUUUGGGAAAUGGGAUCGCCUUUUCUUCCUUGUAAGACACGAAAUGGUGUCCUUGUGGCUAAGGCUCACUCCCUCAGGAUGUGGUUAAAAGACUCUCCAUUUUGCUUGGAUCUUGAGUUAAAAGAUUCCCCAAGUCUCCCUGAAUCAAACUCAAUGCAGCUUGUGGAAGGAUGCUUUAUAAGGCGUGGCCUUGUUCCAGCUUUCAAGGACAUUACUGAGAGACUGGGAAUAGUGAGUCCCAGGAAAUUUUCAAGAUUGGCUCUAUUACCUGAUGAUAAGAGAGUUAAAGCUAUUCAAGCUUAUACUGAUGGAAGGAAAGAGAAAUUGGAAAAAACAAAGAAAAUUGUUGACCCCAAACUGUUGAGGAAGAUCAAGAAAAUUAGGAGGAUGAAAUAUAUUCGAAGAUCUUUGAUGUCUCAACAAGAUAUACAAAAGACUUUCAUACCAAUUGGUGCAAAAAAAACAAUGUAAUGCCAAACACUAUAUAAAGUUUAUGAACCCA